GUCAUUGUUUGCGCCGACGGUAACGCGACGUUACGUGUAGACGUCUACGGCCUACGGUGUGGCAUUAAAUAUUAAAUCUUUGUAGGUAUAUGAUUUGUGGUGUGGUGUAAGCUCAAGUUUUGUUUUUCAUUUUAUACUCUGGUUUGUCUAAUUAGCGUGGGUUAUUAAUUUUAUUUUGUUAUAAAAAUAAAGGACAAAGAAUGAAGCAUUUUGUGUUAUGUUUUGCAUUUGUGGCUAUUUUAGCCUUUGUUAACUGCGAUGAUGCUGAGAAAAAGGGGCCAAAAGUAACUGACAAGGUUUGGUUUGAUAUCAAAAUCGGAGAUGAAGCAGUAGGUAGAAUUGUUAUUGGUUUGUUUGGAAAAACCGUUCCUAAAACUGUGAGAAACUUCAAGGAAUUGGCCCAAAAACCUGCAGGCGAAGGUUAUAAAGGUAGCAAGUUCCAUCGAGUUAUUAAAGACUUCAUGAUUCAAGGAGGCGAUUUCACAAAGGGUGAUGGUACAGGCGGUCGCAGCAUUUAUGGUGAACGUUUUGAAGAUGAAAAUUUCAAACUUAAACAUUAUGGAGCAGGUUGGCUCUCAAUGGCAAAUGCUGGUAAAGACACCAAUGGAUCUCAAUUCUUUAUUACAACUAAACAAACCUCAUGGUUAGAUGGACGUCAUGUAGUUUUUGGUAAGAUAUUAUCAGGCAUGGAUGUUGUGCGAAAAAUAGAAAGCUCUAAAACUGACGGUCGAGAUAAGCCAUCAAAAGAUGUCACUAUUGCUGACAGUGGUGCUGAGGAAGUGGCUGAACCAUUUUCAGUAUCAAAGACAGAUGCCACUGAUUAAAUGUAAUAAUUACAAUAAAAUUAAUUCAGUCGUGAUUUUAAAUAUAAUUUCUUUUUUACAAUGUGUUAAUAAAGAAUGUUUUUAAG